AAGUUGUGGCUAGUUUUGAUAUAAAUCUUAUAGCAAAUGCUACAUACAAAUAUAAUUUUGGCAAAACUCCUGUGACGAAAUAUGAUGCAAAUUGUUGGUUAAUGAGUCCGCCAUGUCAGCCAUAUACACGUGGUGGAAAAGGAUUAGAUGAUAAAGAUCCAAGGGCAAAGGGAUUACUUCAUUUGAUUGAUGUUUUGUCCAAACUAUCUAAUCCUCCUGAUUAUAUCUUUCUUGAAAAUGUUUUGAAUUUUGAGAAAUCAAAAUCUCGAGAAAAAUUAAUUACUCAAAUAUGUUUAAUGAAUUAUGAAAUUCAUGAAUGCUUAUUAACACCUUUGCAAUUUGGUAUUCCAAAUGAUCGAUUACGAUAUUAUUUGAUGGCACGAAAAAUACAAAAUUUUAAUAAAUCUGAAAAAGUAUUCACACCACAGAAAUAUUUUGAACAAGCAGUGAUACAUACAUCUUGGCCAUUUGAAUGUAUGUUGAAUAAUAAGGAUAAUAAUAAAUGUUAUCACUGGAAGCAGCAACAAAGCCAACAACCUUUAGAAUUUAAUGUUCUUGAACUGAGUAACUAUAUUGAAAAUUGCUUGGAUGAAAAAGAAUUAAAAAAAUAUCUGGUUCCUGAAAAGUAUAUUUUAAAAAGCUUUGAUUUUAAAUUUGAUAUUGUAAGGCCAACUGAUAAAAGAUGUUCAUGUUUUACAAAAUCUUACGGUAGUCAUCAUAUAUUUGGAAGUGGUUCACUUAUACAAACUAGAAAUUUAGAGUUUACAGAUUAUGAUUUUGAAAAUCCAAAAUCAUUACUUGAACUUGGAUUAAGAUAUUUUACACCAUUAGAAAUUGCUAAAUUACAUGCAUUUCCUUUGAAAUCUCAAUUAUCGACAAAUCCAAAUAGAAAAAAUGAAAAUAUAAUUGAUUCUAUUAACAACAAUUAUGCUCCAAAAUUAUAUAAUGAUUUCAAAUUAAUGCAAUCAUCAAAUUAUUUAGAAUUUUCUGAUGAUAUUAGUUUGAUUCAAAAGUAUAGAUUAUUGGGAAAUAGUUUAAAUGUAUUUGUUGUUUCAGAAUUAUUAAGAUGUGUUUUAUUUUUUAAUUGUUAA